GAAAUAUUUUAUCUUUGACAAAGUUUAUAUACAAGUAUUGUUAAGAUAAAAUGCAACAUACAUAUGUCGUAAAGAGUCGAGAUGAAAUAUUUUAGGAAUAUAACACUGUUACUCGGCUUCAUUUAUGUAACUAGUGCAACCAAAUUGAAGAACACAUACAAUGGACGAAAUGAAAACAGAACUUUUCCGCCAGAAUUUUUAUUUGGCGUAGCAACAUCAGCAUUUCAAGUUGAAGGAGGAUGGAACCAAGGAGGGCGCGGUUGGUCGAUGUGGGACUACGAAAUAAAGACUGAUCCAGGAUAUAUAUCCGACGGUUCCAAGUAUGAAGUUGCUGCAGAUUCUUAUAACCAAUAUAAAAGAGACGUUGGCCUACUGAAGGAGCUGGGUGUGAAUGUAUACAGAUUUUCCUUAUCAUGGCCCAGAAUACUACCUCUCGGCACACCAGAUUAUGUUAACCCUGAAGGAAUAGCAUAUUACAAUAAGCUUAUCGAUGAACUUCUUGCCAAUGGUAUAACACCAAUGAUAACUAUUUACCACUGGGAUCUCCCUCUUCGCCUAGCCGAACUUGGUGGUUGGUUGAACGAAGAUAUUGCAACUUGGUUAGGAGAUUAUGCCAGAGUUGUUUACCAAAAUUUCGGGGACAGAGUAAAGACUUGGCUAACAAUAAAUGAGCCAUUUAUUCUCUGUAGCCUUGGCUAUGCAUUUGGCACACAUGCACCCAGAGUUAUCUCUCCUGGCGAAGAUUUUUACGAAUGCGGUCGCAAUGUGCUUCUAGCACAUGCAAGAAUGUAUCACAUUUAUCACGAUGAGUUCAAAUCACAAGGCGGCAAAGUCGCUGUGAUCAUCAGUUGUGAUAUGGCCUUACCUCUCACGGAUUCUCUUGACGAUGCGGAAGCAGCUGAAGAUUAUUUCGCCUUUACGCUGGGACAGUAUGCGCAUCCAAUCUUUUCACCACAAGGCAAUUAUCCACAGCGACUCAUUGAUAGAGUUAGCAGAGCUAGUUCCCUCCAAGGUUAUAAGCAGUCCCGUCUGAGACCCUUCACACCUGAACAAAUAAACUAUAUCAGAGGAACUUCAGAUUUUUUCGGCCUGAAUAGUUACUCCAGUUAUUAUGUAUACAGAAAUGAUUCGUUGAAAGAACGCUUUGCAGCACCUUCAUUUGAAGAUGACAUGUACAUCGGUACCUACACUGCCCCCGAGUGGGCGAUAGAGACGAGUUCGUGGAUGUAUAGAUAUGCCCCAGGGUUAUACAAUCUUCUAGUGUACCUUAAGAAGGUGUACAAUGAUCCUGUUAUAUACAUAACUGAAAAUGGUUCGUCCGAUAAAAUGGGCUUCUACGAUGAAGAGAAAAUAGCUUACUACAGAGGCUAUCUGAAUGCUGUCUUGGAUGCUAUCGAUGAUGGUGUAGAUGUUAGGAUGUAUACUGCCUGGAGUCUGAUGGAUACAUUUGAGUGGAAUCAUGGAUAUUCAAUGCGAAUGGGACUGUACGAAAUGGAUAUUGAGGACCCCAACAGGCCGGUAUUUCCUCGAAAAUCAGCCUUAGUCUAUAAGGAAAUAAUAAGAAGCAGAGUAAUUGAUCCCGAUUAUAAUCCAGAACCAAAUGAUUUAUAAUAUUUGUGAAAAUAAAUUCACUUGUAAUUGUUGAUAAAUUUUAAUAAAUUCGAACUUAAAAUAAA